CUGCUGCAUAAAAUGGACAAAUGUUUUUGUUUGGCGGUUUAAAUGGAAAAUAAUACGAAUUUGCGGCCAGAGGACGCGGCCAACGGCAAGUUCAAGUGCUGCUUCGACAACUGCAACUACGAGACCGACCGUGCCUACAACAGGUGGCGUCAUGAGGCGAGCCACUCGAAGGUGGAUUUCGAGGGACGGGAGUUCAAGUGCCAUCUGUGCUGGUACAGCUCAGAUAAAGCGUGCAACAUAAAGAGACACCACCAGAACCGACAUCCGGGCUGCGAGGCACCGGCAUACAAAUCUUCGAAGCCGGCAUCUCUCGUCUGCGACGUGACGGGAUGCACCUACUCAACGAAUCGUCCGUAUGACAUGAAGCGCCACAUCCAGGUGCACAACAAUCCAGCGAGAGGCGACAAGUCGUUUAAAUGCCUGCUGUGCACCUACAGCUCGGAGAGGAAGGGCAAUCUGCAGCGGCAUCUGGACCUGAGGCACAGUGGCCUGAGUGGGAAACACACCUCAGACGAAGAGGAGCCGGAGCCAGAGCCGGACGAAAGUGUGGUGUCGAUUGUACCGUUUGAGCCGAAUGUGCCCAGAUUCCGAUAUUCAUGCGCGCUGUGCAGCUACAGCUCCAAACGGAAGGAGAAUCUGGCUCGGCAUCUGGAGCAAGAACACAAAGGCAUUAGUGGCAAUGAGUCGUCAAAUGAUGAGGAGGCGAAGCCGGACGUACUGCAGAAGGUGCAGCAGGAAGUACUGAAGAAGGUGAAGCGGGAAGUACGGCAGAAGGUGAAGUUGGAAAAUCGGCAGAAGCCCAAGCCGACUGUCAGCCAUAAAUGCUCGCUGUGCAGCCAAAGCUUCAAAAGAAAGGCGAAUCUGGAACGGCAUGUGGAUGCAGUGCACAAUUGCCCCAGUGACAAAGAGUCGUCACCUGAAGAAGAUGCAGAACUGGAGCCAGAGGAGACAGGAGACGUACGGGAGCCUAUGAAACCGUUUGUGACCAUCCAUACAUGUUCGCUGUGCAACUAUAGCUCGAACAGGGAGCCGAAUCUGAGGCGGCAUAUGGAUCAACGGCACCGUGGCGUGAGCAGAAAAGUGGUCUCAUAUCCAAAAGAAGAGCUGCCGGAGCCGGUCAAAGGGUCAAAGGGCAGCUUUGGCGCGGACAGAAAGUCAACUCUGAGGCCGCGACGGAAUGUGCGAUACAGUGGCUUGAGUGACGUCGAAUCCACAGAUGAGGAGGAGUCUGAGCCGGACGAGUUCCAGGAGGAGGAGGAGAAGGAGGUGCCGUUUGUGGGUAAAGACGGGACGGGCGGGAAAGUGGCGGUGACAACGAUAAAACCAAAACUGAAGGAACGACUGUACGAUGAGUUAUUCGAGGAAUUGGAAAAUGAUGAUAUGAUUGUUGAGGAAUGCCCCGAGGCGGAGGAAACAUUGUCGCGACUGCAGGACACCAUGAUUGGCCACAAGCAACUGAUAGCUGUCGAUUUCAAUGGCGAAUUGCACUGGUACGAGGCCAUUGAUCAGGCCGCGGAUGAAGCGCUGCAGCAGGACUUCGAGCAGCAGGAGCAGGCCUAUAUCGCGAAGCAGGAGCAUGAAUUCAUCGCGGAGCCAGAGCAGCCCAUAAUCGAGGAGCAGGUGCAGGUCAAUGUAGACACUAUGCAAAUGGAGGCCCUGGACGAUGAGCUGGCUCUGUCGAUGGCCGAGCACGAUGCCCAGGCGGAUGACGAGCAUAUGGAGUAUGUGGAACUGGUGACGACAGAGGUGCCCCCAGAGGUGACAACAGAGGUCCCGACAGCGGUGGUGACGAUAGAGAUCCCUACAGCGGUGACGAUAGAGGUGCCGCAACCACCUCAAUACCAGCCGCCACCACCAGCACCACUCACACCACCCAAGGAGCAGGCACUGAACUGGCGCUGGAGUGUACCUCAAACUGGCAAUGAAACAUCAACCAAUUCCACGGACCAUCCAAUCACCCUCACCUUGGAGCCAGUCAUAGAGGAUGAUUUUCCAUUUUGGUGGGACGACGGCGAGUACACGAAAAUGCACAAGAACACCGCCUAUCGCGAGCACCACGGCACUACCAAGGAGAACAUCCAGCGUAUCCUGCGCAUCAUCUAUGACCUGUACUACAAGCCAUUCAGAGAGGAUCGCAAGAUGUUCGAUGUCUUUCAGAUCAAAGACUCAUGGCUCUGCGCCACACGGAUGACGAGAAUGCAGAUUAUUAAAGAUAUGUACUCGAAGCUGGGCACGUAGGCAAAAACACAUCCAUACAUAGUUAGAUGUAUUCCUAAGUAUAUUGUAAGCUUAAUUUCGGGAAACGAAAGUGAUUCAAGUUUUCCUCUUUUCUUUCAACAUUUUUCAAGCAAUAUUAAAACUGUAUAAAAUUUGA